UCGGUUGGUUUCUAUUUAGUUGCGGAUGUGUUCGGUGCAAAUUAUAUUUGCAGUGAUUUAUAAAGACGAACGUUUUGUUGAGAUAAUUUUUAGUUAAAAUUUCAGCAUAAACACGGGAAGUUGUGAUGCGUUGUUGACAAGAAUUCGAGCGAUAAACGCAGUAUACUUGUAAACAAGGAAAUAUUUACAUAAAUAUAUUUUCAAGGAAGGAUAUAUUAAUAUAUAAACAAUUUUGGAUAAUACCAGUGUUACGAAUUAAUUUGUGUGUUUAAAGAAAAUAAAAUUUAUUGAAAAUGCGCACCGAUCAACCUUCACAACGUAAUAAUAGUUCGGGUUCCGAAGUAUCCUUGGAAAUACCACCGAAUGCAAUUUAUAAUACAUCGCGUGAUUGUAUAGUUCAAGAUGAGGAUAACGUUGAUAAACCUAGCUGUUGUACUACAACCAUGGAUUGGUUGAAACAAACAUCGGCGAAUAUAUUUCGCAAAAAGACUUUGUACAAACGUUUGCCGAUCUUGACCUGGUUACCGAAAUAUAAUCGUCAAGAUUUUAUAGGCGAUUUAAUGGCGGGCAUUACGGUUGGUUUAACUGUUAUACCUCAGGGUUUAGCUUAUGCUGGCAUAGCUGGAUUAGAUUUACAGUACGGUUUAUAUGGCUGCUUUUUGGGUUGUUUCAUUUAUAUAUUCCUUGGCUCAAGCAAAGAUGUUCCCGUUGGACCUACCGCCAUUUCUGCUUUACUCACCUUCCAGACCGCACAAGGUGUUUGGCAAAAAGCCGUUUUACUCACCUUUCUAACAGGCCUUAUAGAAAUUGGCAUGGGUGUAUUCCAGCUGGGUUUCCUUAUAGAUUUUGUCUCGGGUCCUGUUAGUGCUGGUUUCACUAGUGCCGGUUCCCUGAUCAUUUUCACCUCACAAUUUAAGGAUCUUUUUGGUGUUAAUACCAAGGGCGAUACAUUUGUGGACAUGUGGAUUUCGAUUAUAAAUGAUAUACAUAAUAUAAGCUGGAAUGAUGCUGGUUUGGGUGUAGCUUGCAUUGUGGUGUUACUCAGUAUGCGUGCCAUGGCCAGUAUGAGUUUUGGUCCCAAAGAUGGCCAUAAGACAUGCUGUCAGAAAUUUUGGUCUGGUCUGUUUUGGGUUAUUGGCACCUCACGUAAUGCCGUUUUGGUUAUUGUUACCUCAGGAAUCGGUUAUUAUUUGAUCAGUUCUGAUAUUGAUGUAUUCCGCAUGGUAGGUUAUGUUCCAUCUGGUAUGCCUGAGUUUAAAUUGCCACCCUUUGGCAUGACCACUUUUACGAAUUCAUCAACGGGAGAAAUUAUAGAAGUGCAUGAAAGUUUUGCCCAAAUGGUUAGUAGUUUGGGUUCAGGUCUCAUAGUGGUGCCUUUAAUUGCUCUAUUGGAAAAUAUGGCCGUGGUGCAGGCUUUUGCUGAUGGCAAACCUUGUGAUGCCACUCAAGAACUUAUUGCUGUGGGUAUUUGCAAUGUUGCCAAUUCAUUUGCUCAAGGUUUCCGUGGCAAUGGUGGCAUUGCCCGCGGUGCUGUUUUAAAUUCCAGCGGUGUACGCACUCAACUUUCCAACGUUUAUACGGGUCUUAUUGUUAUCAUUGCUCUAUUGUAUGCCACCCCAGCCUUUUAUUAUAUUCCUAAGGCUGCCUUGGCUGCUAUUAUUAUGGCUGCUGUUAUAUUCAUGAUUCAAUAUCGUGUCGUUAAACCCAUGUGGAGAAGCAAAAAAUCUGAUUUAAUUCCCGGCUUGGCUACCUUUAUUGCCUGUUUGGUAUUACCUUUGCAAUUGGGCAUUUUAGUAGGCAUCGGCAUCAAUAUUGUUUUCAUUCUAUAUCAUGCUGCUCGUCCCAAAUUGCGUGUGGAAACUUUAUGUACCUCCAACGGCCUUAAAUAUCUAAUGUUAACACCCGAUCGUUGUCUCAUUUUCCCCUCUGUGGAAUUUGUACGUAACGUUAUUACCAAACAGGGACGCAAGUCCACCUUACCCGUUGUCAUCGACUGUACUCAUAUUUAUGGUGCCGAUUUUACUGCUGCCAAAGUAGUCUCCACCAUGAUCGAUGAUUUCGAAACGCGCCAACAGAAACUUUACUUUUACAACCUACAACCCAGAGUUGCUGAAGUCUUCGAGGGUAUUAAUAAUAAUCUAGUUGUAAUUUACGAUAUGACCGUGUUAGAAAUGAGAUUAUCUGGCAAAGAAGACGAGACUUCUAAACUAUAGAAAACAGGUAACAUUGUGAAAUUCUUUAGAUAUUCUAGUGCCACUUUAAGAAAAAAUAGUAUUACAAUCAAUUCAAUUCCUAUUGUAGUUAGUAUUUAGUUAAGUAGUUGUUUUAUUUUGAUUUUGUUUAAUUAAAAAUAUUUGAAAAUUUGUAGUAUUUAUUAGUUCUGUUAUUUCAUAUCGAUUUGUAUAUAUGUAUGUAUUUUGUAUUGUAGUUUGUAAUUGAUUAUAUUAUUUCUUAAUUUUAAUUUAGUUAAACGUCUUAAUGGUAUCGCUAAAAUUGAAUUAGAAAAAAAAGAAGUAUUACACUUUUGUAUAGUUUUAUAUACAUUAAUAUUGAUUGAUUUUAAUCGUUGUUUUUUGUUUGUACAAAUUCAAUGUUUUAGUUUUAAGUUGUUAAUAAAGUAGAUGAAAAUAAAUGU